GAGUGCAGGGUGUAGCGGAGGUUAUUUCGAUACAAGGUUCGUGCCGGACACCGCGCUGAUGUAGUUACAGCCCACGUUCGUCACCUCUCUUCUCAUAGGAGCGCGAGGACGUCACACCAACUGUUUGAGAACUAUGACGUGUUCUCGCGAUGCUUGCGAAUCAUGAAAGCUGAGACGCUGUAGGGGAGAUCUCGCGAGGUCGCAGUCAACGCGAUCCCACCCUUCAAUGAUGCCGACUGCAGUGUGUAUAUCACCAGCGAGGGGAAGCUCCGGGAGUCUAGGAGGAGCUGCGGCAAGGUCGACAACAGCAUCCUGCCCAGAACACCAGGAAGACGGGAAUUAGAGCGGUGUUUCCAACUCUCUCAAAGUAACUGGCUGAAUUUGGGAUUUACUGCCGUGGAAGAAGAGGACUAGAGUAUCCCAAACUUAAUAGCCUUGCCUCAUGUUCCGAGGCAGCUAGCGAGCUACUUCCAACGGCUGUUUUAGCGCCUUUCGGUCCGGGCGAGCAGCGUGUCGCUGGACUCGGCGAAACUUCCUCUGAAUAGUUUCGCGGACGGCAACGCGGAUUUUGACACCCGGCUCGAUCGUCUUGUUCGCUGUGCCAUGUCAGCGUCAUCCUCCGACCCAGCCGCGCCGGCUGAGAGCGCCGCGACUGAGCAUGAUUUUCUAGCUCCUGAUGCAGGGCAGAGGCCGGCGGGUCCGACGCCCAGUCAGAGCCGCUUUCAAGUAGACCUUGUGGCAGAAGCAGCCGGGGCCGCCGAGGACAAGUCCCCGAGUUCAGACGCAUCCACUACUGUCCCAUCCAGCGACAAAGCCAGCUCUCUGGUAUCGCAUGAAACCGGCGAUUCGGGGGCCGUCGGAGAGGAAGCCAAAGGACGGUUUCGAGUUGUAAACUUCGCGGACCCGAGUGGAGCCGGGAGCGCGGCCUCUCCGGAGGCGCCGGCCGAGGGGCUUCAGAACGGGGACACGGUGAUGAGCGAGACCAGCUUACACUCAUCCACGGGGGGUCAGCAUCACUACCACUACGACACCCACACGAACACCUAUUAUCUGAGGACUUUUGGCCAUAACACCAUCGACGCCGUGCCCAACAUCGAUUUCUACCGGCAGACAGCGGCGCCGCUCGGGGAGAAACUGAUCAGACCCACCCUGUCAGAGCUGCACGACGAGCUGGACAAGGAGCCAUUUGAAGAUGGUUUUGCAAACGGUGAUGAGCUGACCCCAGCUGAGGAGGCUGCUGCAAAGGAGGCAGCUGAGUCCAAAGGGGUGGUCAAGUUUGGAUGGAUUAAGGGAGUGUUGGUUCGCUGCAUGUUGAAUAUUUGGGGUGUUAUGCUGUUUAUCCGCAUGUCAUGGAUUGUCGGACAAGCUGGAAUUGCUCUCUCCUGUUUGAUUGUUGCCAUGGCCACUGUAGUGACGACCAUCACGGGUCUCUCUACUUCUGCUAUCGCCACCAAUGGAUUUGUUCGAGGAGGUGGUGCUUAUUAUCUGAUUUCAAGAAGUCUGGGACCAGAGUUUGGCGGCUCCAUUGGACUGAUCUUUGCCUUUGCCAACGCAGUGGCUGUAGCCAUGUACGUAGUGGGCUUCGCCGAGACUGUUGUGGAGCUUCUUAAUGGUGUGGAUGCCCUCAUGACAGAUGAAAUCAAUGAUAUCCGCAUCAUUGGCACCAUCACGGUUAUCCUCCUCCUGGGCAUCUCCGUGGCUGGAAUGGAAUGGGAAGCCAAGGCCCAAAUCUUCUUGCUGUUUGUGCUCAUCACCGCUAUAUUCAAUUUCUUCAUCGGAACUUUCAUUUCCGUUGAGUCGAAGAAAGCGUUUGGCUUCUUUGGCUAUGAUGCUUCAAUCAUGAUGGAGAACAUGGGUCCAGACUUCAGGGGGCAGACAUUCUUCUCCGUCUUUGCCAUCUUCUUCCCUGCUGCCACAGGAAUUCUGGCUGGAGCAAACAUUUCUGGAGAUCUUGCUGAUCCCCAGCAAGCCAUUCCCAAAGGAACACUUUUGGCCAUCUUGAUUACAGGAAUUGUUUACCUUGGAGUCGCUGUUUCCACAGGUUCCUGCAUUGUGAGAGACGCCAGUGGGAGUUUGAACGACACGCUCAGUUCUCAGUUCAGGGCCAACUGCACUGAUGCCGCCUGCAACUUUGACUUUGACUUCUCAUCCUGUAAGAGUGCUGCAGACGGCUGCAGCUAUGGACUGCAAAAUGACUUCCAGGUGAUGAGCAUGGUGUCUGGAUUUGGGCCUAUCAUCACUGCUGGGAUCUUCUCUGCAACUCUUUCUUCUGCUCUGGCCUCGUUAGUCAGUGCACCCAAAGUGUUCCAGGCUUUAUGCAAAGACAACAUUUACCCUGGCCUGAGCAUGUUUGCCAAAGGAUACGGCAAGAACAAUGAGCCCCUUCGAGGCUACAUCUUGACCUUUUUUAUUGCUCUGGCCUUCAUCUUGAUCGCCGAACUGAACACCAUCGCCCCCAUCAUCUCCAACUUCUUCCUGGCAUCUUACGCACUCAUCAACUUCUCGGUGUUCCACGCUUCUUUGGCUAACUCUCCAGGAUGGCGCCCAAGCUUCAAGUAUUACAACAUGUGGGUCUCUCUGGUCGGAGCAAUAUUGUGCUGUGUGGUCAUGUUUGUCAUCAACUGGUGGGCUGCCCUCUUCACCAACGUCAUCGUCCUUGGCCUUUAUAUCUAUGUCAGCUACAAGAAGCCAGAUGUGAACUGGGGUUCCUCAACUCAGGCCCUGACCUACCACCAGGCGCUGACCCACACACUGCACUUAAGCGGUGUGGAGGACCACAUCAAGAACUUCAGGCCCCAGUGUUUGGUGAUGACUGGCUACCCCAACUCUCGGCCAGCACUACUGGAUCUGGUCCACAGCUUCACCAAGAACGUGGGUCUGAUGAUCUGUGGGCAUGUCCGAACGGGCUACAGGAGGCCCAACUUCAAAGAUCUGGCCACAGACCAGUCUCGCUAUCAACGCUGGCUGCUCAAAAACGACACAAAAGCUUUCUACACGCAGGUGUUUGCUGAGGAUAUGAGACAGGGCAGCCAGUAUCUCCUGCAGGCUGCCGGCUUGGGUCGACUCAAGCCCAAUACUUUGGUUCUGGGCUUUAAGAAUGACUGGAGAGACGGUGACAUGAUGAAUGUGGAGACGUACAUCAGCAUGAUCCAUGAUGCCUUCGACUUCCAGUUUGGCGCAGUCAUACUGAGACUAAAGGAAGGUCUUGAUGUGUCUCAUAUCCAAGGACAAGAUGAUUUGCUCUCGUCCCAAGAGAAGUCCUCCGGGAUGAAAGACGUCAUUGUCUCCAUCGAUACCAGCAAAGACUCUGAUGCCGAUUCAUCCAAGCCGUCCUCCAAGGCCACCAGCGUGCAAAACAGUCCUGCGGUGCAGAAAGAUGAUGACGAUGACGGCAAAGCUCCAACUCAGCCCCUGUUGAAAAAAGACAAGAAGAGCCCAACUGUACCGCUGAACGUGUCGGACCAGAGGUUACUGGAGGCCAGCCAGCAGUUCCAGAAGAAGCAGGGGAAGGGAACCGUUGACGUGUGGUGGCUGUUUGAUGAUGGAGGCUUGACCCUGCUGAUCCCCUACCUACUCACCAACAAGAAGAGGUGGAAGGACUGCAAGAUCCGUGUCUUCAUUGGAGGCAAGAUCAACCGGAUUGACCACGACCGCAGAGCGAUGGCCACUCUGCUGAGCAAGUUCAGAAUAGACUUCUCGGACAUCACAGUGCUGGGAGACAUAAACACCAAGCCCAAGAAGGAACACACCGCAGCUUUCGAGGAGAUGAUCGAGCCGUAUCGGCUGAAAGAAGAUGACAUGGAGCAGGAGGCUGCUGAGAGGCUGAAGAACAGUGAGCCCUGGAGGAUCACAGACAAUGAGCUGGAGCUGUACCGCGCUAAGACUAAUCGUCAGAUCAGACUGAACGAGCUGUUGAAGGAGCACUCCAACACAGCCAAUCUCAUUGUCAUGAGCCUGCCGUUGGCCAGGAAGGGCGCCGUGUCCAGCGCUCUGUACAUGGCCUGGCUGGAGGUGUUGUCUAAGGACGUGCCGCCCAUCAUUCUGGUGCGCGGCAACCACCAGAGCGUCCUGACCUUCUACUCCUAAACCCUCUUGUGUCCAUGCACGAGGAGAAGACAACAUCCAGUCCCUGCCUCUGGGAGCAGAGCCUCUUAUAUAUAACUAUAUAUACAUCCCAGUCGUAGUCCAAAACCUCGAGGUGCACCACACACACACUCCAGAGACGCUUGAAAACACAGCCAUUGAUGAAACUAGAGCUGGUUACGUGAAAAUAAAGAUGAAGGCAGUGAGACUAGCCUGACGUGAUGCAGGAGAUUCAGGAUUUGAGUGGUUGUAAGGUCGCCCACUCUGCUCCUUUCUUUAGAUUUCAAAUGUUUGUUUCUCUCUCGUAGCUUUAGUUUUUGAUUGAUGAUUACUUUAGAAUGAUUUCUCUCAGGCUCUAAACACAGCUGUGCGUAGUGUUCCCCAUUGUUCUUGAUGUCACGCCGGAGUUGGUCGGAUCUCUGAGGUGUGCUGAUGAUGCAGCAAUAAUCACCGUCUUGUUUUUUUUCUCGUAGGCGAGAACACUUUGCGAAGCCUCCUCAAGCCUUAUGGAUGUGCCUUUCCAGUUGAAUCAGACACAAUGAAUCGAACUCGAUUGACAAUGUUACAUUGGCGUAUGAUGGUUUUAUGAAAUUUUAACGUGAUUUCUUCGUCUUUGUUGGGGCGCAUUUGAUGUGAGCGAGGCAGGCCAACAAACUCCUUGAGUUUCCUUUUUAGCUUUUAAUCUGCCGGUGUUCAGUUUUUGGUCGUCGUGUUUUAUUGUUGCUUCACUUUUGAGUCUUCCUUCUCAACAGCUGUUGCGUUUUCAAGACGGCCUCAAACACAGACACAAUCGAGCUAUUUAGGCCCCAGUAAUUGUGUGUAUUUACAAUCUUGUAGUUUUUCCAGACAAAAUGUGAACCAUGUUUUUUUUUGUCCAUCUGCUACGGUGGACUAACAAGCUGUCUCUGCUUAGCUGCUGAUUCCUGUCAACAUUUCAUUGUGUCCACGUGAACGGUUCUUCCCCUGAAGAGACGCUGAGCUCCCAAACAAGCCAGUAAACUUUGCCUUAAUAUGAGAAUGAUUGUCCUGAGUUGUUUUUCUCUUGUAAAGCCAUACUGGCUGCAGGGUUGGUGGGUCAUUGCAGAUUGUCGUCCAUUAAAUAGCAUUUCCUGUGCUGUGAAUUUCCCCGUCUGUUACAUUUUAAGUCGUGUUAUUCAAAUGAAACACAUUCUACAUGCGUUAGACCGAACGGCUGCUGGUCUCAUACAGUUCCCAACAAGCCUUACAGGCAGGGAGAAUGUGACAUUGGAUUGUGUCAGGCCGAUUGAAUAUACCUCUAUGCACAUGAACUUAUGUUGCGUUAUUCUAGUAAAGUCCAACAGUAGGACUCGCUUGGUUUAUUCCAGGAGUCCCAGAGAAAGCCAUGGUUCUACCUUCUUGAUAUCCAUUCAUCGACCCAGCGUCUUGGAGAAAACAUUUGUUGAAUCAGUUCAUUCCCAUUGUUACAUCUCUUGCUGAAAUCUUUGGUUUCAAAGACAAAAAACGCAUUUGAGGACCAGCCGAAGCCACUUAUAAACCAAAUAAGCUGAAAUGCACACGCCUUCUUUAAAUGUUACCCACACGUUAUUUUUGUCUCAACAUGUGUGUGAAGUAGGGCUGUGUUGAGGAGUGGAACUACAGAUUUGGAGUAGUUCUAAGUGUCUGUUAUCAACAAGGCUGAUAACGCUGACGUCUGCUCGCAAGCAUUUCUUCUUCACUUCAGGAAGUUUGCUUGCACCGUUUCUUCUCUCCGAGAGCCGUUCUUGUCCUAGAUCUUACAAAACACAAAGACAACUAACUUCGUCUUUAUGAUAGCUGGGUUUUUGAUUCAUUUUUUGAUUAUUUCUGCUUCAUUUGUGUCAUUUAAAAAACCCACACAAGCGAGUUAAUACCGUGGAUGAAAGGGUCGAACAUGGCUACUGUUGAUUUCAGUUCUUAUUCUUCCACCAAACUAAAGAGACAGGGUCCUUUAUUUCCUACGUUAGCCUGAUGUUUGCUAACUGGCAUUAUUAGCCUUUAGACCUGUUACUUUCGCUGACCUUUACUGUAUGCAAUUUUUAGAGGAAUGUGAUGCUUAGGUUAGGUGAAUGUAUCAUAUAGUAAUCGACACUUAACUAGCGGAUCGUACAUACGUACAUUUAGUUUUUUAUUCCUAUGUACAUGAACUGUCCCUGCGUCGACUGCAGCUAGCACAGCGUGUUAGCCUUUCCUUGCUUCACAUCUGUGAUUCAAAUAUUUAUGUGGGGGUGUUUGGACUAUAUUAAUACUCCAGUGUAUCCAAGUAUAAUCUCACAUCUUCAUGUGUCUCCAAUAUGUUGUGUGAAUAGAAAACUGGCUGUAAUAAACAAGCACAAAGGCGUCAGCUGUAUUUUAUAGAGCAAAUGGGUGCCUGCUAAUGUAGCAGUAAGAAUGUCCUUUCAGGUCACUAGGGUUAUCGUGCGUAUGCAAAGAGGGCACAUCACUUUUGGCCAAGCAGGUCUGAAGUCUGUCCUGUUUUAAGAGGAUGUGGCACUUCCAAAUUCAGUACUAUUAGUUACUAUGGCUGUUCUGUUCGGCCGUCACAGUGAUCAUUGCACGUGGUCCCAGGCAGAAGUCAAAGGUCAGGUGAUGUCAUGGUCAGCCCACAUCAUGUGACCAUGUCCACUGCCACAGCUGUCUGAAACAUCACCCAGAUCUGUUGUCUUUUCUUGAAACUGACCCCUGCAGGCGGAACUAAAAGCUUUCUCAAUUGGAACAAAAUGGUUGCAGGUGGAUUACAGCGAGCACACACUAGGGGGCGUUCUGCCUCUCACUCGCUGUCAUCUUUAGUUGCAACUCGUUGCUAUAUAUUUAUACAUGAAAUGCAAGUGAAAAAGCCUAUCCGUACAAAUACUCACCACCUAGUCACACUGGGUUCUUCAGGUGUGCAAAUGUUUAGACAUGUUUUUCAACCGAUAACUACGUUGAUGUGUUCUUUCUUCAUUCUUGUCCUCUCCUCUCAUUAUAUUCUUGCCAAAGUUUCCACCUCCACAUGCUGGUCUGACGUCAUGUAAAUAAAGUUUGUAAUCUUUUUGGCAUAAAUUAAGGGAGCGGAAUUAUGUCAGUAUAGAGAAAUGUAUUUAUUUCAAUUCAAAUUUCUCUUGUGUUUAUUUUUUAUUAGAUGACCGAUUUAGUUCAUUUGCAUGUUGAUUUAUUUCCCUCAUUUAUUUUCAUUUUCAGCACAUUGUGAGUCUGUGUAUUUCUAUUUUUAAAAAAACCAAACAAAAAGAAUCAGAAGGAGCAGGUGGAACUAGUUUCCAUGAAUGGAAUGAACCCAGCAGGUUAAUGGCAGUAAUGUUUUGAUACACUGUACUGUUAACAGCCACAGAUAUGCUUUUCUAACAUUUUAACAUUUAUGAUUACCAAUACUUUGUACAUCUUUAUUGCAAUAAAGAAAUCAAUGAAAUCA